UAGAAAGUGUAAUACUGAGCUUAAUAUGGUAGCAUCUAUGAUAUUGAUUUGUGCAUGGUCUUAUCAUUAUCAAUUUCCUGCAAUGUCCUUAAAAUGCCUUUCCCCCGGCGCAUGUCCAUCCAAACAAAAUAAUGACGCCAUAUAUCCUCCAUUGCAUCUUUCUCCAUCUCCCCCAACAGGUUUUUCUUCUAGCUCAAAGAGUCUGCCACACAUGGCACGAUGUCAUCUCUUCAAGCAAAGUCCUUCAAGCUACACUUGUCAUACCCCGAGCCAGCAAAGAACGUGUGUUCCGAUGCAUCUUUUGAGCUAAAUCCACUGCUGCAGUCUCGGUUCUCACCCUCCUUCAAUGCCGACCGCAUGGCCGGAUGUAAUUCCACGUAUGAGAUCGGCCCUUGGGUUCAUUCACACUGGACGGAGAAUAUACAUCCUUGGCCCCCAGAAUCGAGACUCAUAUGUGAUUUCUGAGUUGUCGGCUACCGAUAAUUACGGCAAUAGACAAGAAAAAGAUCCAAACAUGAAGGGUUUCAUAUGAUUUGCGGAUCGAAGCAAUUACCAUCUUCUGCAAACUUGGAUCAAAGGAUCGCAGUGCUUCCAGGCUCCUCGAUAUUUUAGAAAUUACAUCGUCAGCCAAGUCGUCAUUCC